AUGAUUGGAUUUUUAACAACCCUAAGAACUGUUAAUGAAUGGAACUUUUUAGGAGAAUUUCAUUCGAUUUCAAUGCAAAAAUCCUCAUCAAGUGAAGGAGUUUCUCAUGUUAGAAGAUCUAUUUCAUUAAACAAGUUAAAGAAUCAAUUUGCUGAUGCUGCUGAAGCAGAACAUUUUACUAAUGAAUCUGAUUCUGAAAAAUAUAAUAAUUUGUGGGACUAUUGUUCUUUAUAUUUAUCUAAAGAUGUUGAGACUAUUAAACAACAAAUUGCUAAUCAUAUUGAAUAUACAUUAGCAUGUCAACGAUUUGAUUUUAAAACAAAAUCACUCUUUACAGCAACUGCUAUUUCUUUAAGAGAGAGAAUGACUGAAUACUGGAAUGAUACACAUCAAUAUUUUAGAGAAAUUCAAACAAAAAGAAUGUAUUAUCUUUCAAUUGAAUAUCUUAUAGGUCGUUCGUUAAUGAAUGCUAUUUGUAAUCUUGGAUUAGAAAAUGAAUAUAGAGAUGUUGUUUCACAAUUUGGUUCAUCUCUUGAAGAAUUGUAUGAAUACGAAAAUGAUGCUGCACUUGGAUCAGGAGGACUUGGACGACUUGCAGCAUGUUUCCUUGAUUCACUUGCUACAAUGAAUCUUCCAGCAUGGGGAUAUGGUAUUAGAUAUCAAUAUGAUUUGGUGGAUAUGUUACAGUAG